GUAACUUUGUACUGAAAAAGGAGACAAACCAUGAGAGAGACCAAUCAGACACAGGUGACAGAAUUCUUCCUUCUGGGACUCUCUGACAACCCACACACUCAGCAGCUACUAUUCAUCUUAUUCCUGGGAAUUUACCUUGUCACUGUGGUUGGAAAUCUGCUUCUUAUGUCGCUUGUACUGGUUGACUCCCUGCUUCACACACCUAUGUAUUUCUUUCUCUGCAAUUUAUCUCUGGCUGACCUCUGUUUCUCUACCAACAUCGCUCCUCAGGCCCUUGUCCACAUGCUAUCCAGAAAGAAAGUCAUUUCAUUCACACGUUGUGCAGCCCAGCUUCUAAUACAACUGAUUUUGGGAGCUACACAGUGUGCCCUUUUGGCAGUGAUGUCUUAUGAUCGGUAUGCAGCCAUCUGUAACCCUUUGCAUUACUCUAGCAUUAUGACUUGGAGGGUGUGUGUCCAGCUGGCUGCAGGAUCAUGGACCACUGGCAUUCUAGUGGCUGUUGUGGACACCACCUUCACACUAAUGCUACCCUACAGAGGCAGCAAUAGUAUUGAACAUUUCUUUUGUGAGGCACCUGCACUUUUGAGCCUAGCAUCCACAGACACCUGGAUUUCAGAGAUGGCCAUUUUCCUCAUAGGGGUUGUGAUUCUCCUCACACCUGUUUCCCUAAUCCUGGUAUCCUAUGGCCACAUCAUAGUGACUGUGGUCAGGAUGAAGUCAGCUGCAGGACGACUCAAGGCAUUCUCUACCUGUGGCUCCCACCUCGUGGUGGUCAUUCUUUUCUAUGGGUCAGCAAUUGUCACCUACAUGACACCAAAGUCCUCAAAAGAACAGAAAAAACUGCUGUCUGUGUUUUACACAACAGUGACCCCAAUGCUUAAUCCCCUCAUUUACAGCCUGAGAAACAAGGAUGUGAAGGGGGCUGUGAGGAAACUGGCUGCAAGGAUUUUUCCAUACAUGGUCUGAAAUUGUCACUGACUGUGAGGUCCACCUGGCUCUCUACUUCUAAGACUUGCUGAGUAGUUUCCUCAGCAAGACUAGAAUGGGGUAUGAGUGUCAUCCUGGAGCCUUUUCCAUGGACCCAACUCUCCAACCUUUAUCCAGCACUUCCUCAGUAAAGAAGAAGGACCAUAAUCCAUGGAGCAAUAGGAAGGAGGGCUUCCAUCUGGUUGGUCUUUCAGCACCUAAGGGUUAGGAAAUUCCCUGAGAAGCAUUCACAUUUUAUAAGCCCUGGAACCUGUGACAUCUACCUUAUUAAAUCAUGCUAUGUAUUAACAUCUAUUUAAUCCAGAAUGUACUUCAGUUUCUUUCCUUUAUGUUUUAAUAUUCCUUUGGAUUAUC